AUGACCCAAAUUACAUACAAAAUUGUUAACAUAAGUUCAUCUGCUUUUUUUUCAAUUUUUAUUUGGAAACAUAAGGUGACACUUGGCGGCCUUCCGCUUGCCGUUGAAGAUGUCAAUAAAAAUGUUAAUUUGUUGCCGGGGAAAACACUGACCUUUACGCCAUUUGAUAUAGGCAACAAAAUGAGCGCAUAUCGAGUAAGACCAUUAAGAUUUAUGACAGAAAUGAGGGAGAAAAAGGUAAAAGCUUUUAUUGGGCCCGAUGAAAGCUGCACAACUGAGGCUUUACUUGCAUCUGCCUGGAAUACUCCAAUGCUUUCAUUCAAAUGCUCCGACUCAAUUGUUUCGAAUAAAAACACUUUUCAUACAUUUGCACGUACUCUCGCCCCAGCGUCAAAGGUUUCGAAGAGUGUGAUAAGUCUGCUAAAUGCAUACGAUUGGAAGAAAUUUGCAAUUGUUGUAAGUUCGAAGCCAAUUUGGGGCUCGGAUGUAGCUAGCGCUAUACAGGAACUGGCAGAGUCAAGGAACUUUACAAUAACUCAUUUUAAGUACAUAUCGGACUAUAUACCCAUAAAAAAAACAUUAUCUCAAAUUGAAAAUAUUGUUGAAGAAACCUACGCAACAACGCGGAUAUACGUAUUCAUUGGAGAACACAUCGCCAUGGUGGACUUUGUUCGAUGCUUACAAAACAGGAAACUUCUGGAAAGCGGAGAAUAUAUCGUUAUAUCUGUAGAUGAUGAAAUUUAUAAUGCAAAUCGUCGUGUUAAUAUCAUGGAACGUAAUUAUUUAGAUCCUUAUAUUAGAAAAGAAAAGAGCAAAUCCCUGGACAAAAUCUCAUUUCGUUCAGUUAUAAAAAUAAGCAUGACAUAUCCACAAAAUCCUCAUAUUCGUGAUAUUUGCGCUAAAAUUAAGGAAUAUGCACGCAAAGCACCCUUCCUAGUACCCUACCACCAACGAGUUUACGAAAACAUAUCGGUACCUAUUUACGGCUUGCACUUGUACGACAGCGUAAUGAUUUAUGCGCGUGCUAUAACAGAGAUACUUCAGCUUGGAGGGGACAUUAACGAUGGGAGUCUCGUAAUGAGCCAUAUAUUUAAUAGGUCCUACCACUCCAUUCAGGGUUUCGAUGUAUUCAUUGACUCCAAUGGCGAUGCAGAGGGUAAUUAUACUGUGAUCACAUUACAGAGUGAUGCGAGUGGAGGCAGCACGGGUAAUUCGAUAGCAAAAAUGUCGAUGCUGCCUGUCGGGUUCUUUGUAUAUAAUAAGGAUUCUCUAAUACCAGAAUUUCGUUAUAUCAAAAAUGGUCGAACUAUUCAAUGGCUUAAUGGACGCCCGCCGCUAGCUGAGCCAAUGUGUGGCUUCCACGGGGAGUUGUGUCCUCGGAAGAAAUUGGAUUGGCGUUAUCUAAUAACAGCUCCUCUAUGCGUAUUUGUGUUGAUAGUAGCCAUCGCCCUUCUGCUCAAGCACUACCGUUAUGAACAAACUUUGGCUGGCUUAUUGUGGAAAGUAGAUAUGAAGGAAGUGACCGUAAUUAAUCUGGGCGAAUACAAUAAUCCUAGCCAUAAAAAUAUUGUCCAAAUAUGUCGACAAAGUAUUCUGGUUGUUGGAGAACCAAAUAAAAGAUCAUUCACAAACAUUGCUCUUUUUCGUGGAAACAUCGUCGCUAUGAAAAAAAUACAUAAAAAGAAUGUGGAUAUAACCAGAUCGGUUCGCAAGGAGUUGAAAUUAAUGCGUGAGGUUCGUCAUGAAAAUAUAAUAAAUUUUAUUGGUGCAUCAAUUGAUCACGGAUCGGUGAUAAUAUUCACCACAUACUGUGCCAGAGGCAGCCUAGAAGAUGUACUUGCGAAUGAGGACUUGCAUUUGGAUCAUAUGUUUAUAUCUUCAUUGGUUACGGAUAUACUGAAAGGCAUGAUUUACUUACACGAUUCUGAGAUAAUAUCGCACGGAAAUCUAAGGUCUAGCAACUGUCUUAUCGAUUCUCGAUGGGUAUGCCAAAUCUCUGAUUUUGGACUUCAUGAAUUAAAAGCCGGCCAGGAUGAACCCAAUAAAAUUGAAUUGGAUAUGAAACGCUCCCUUACCAUGGCACCUGAACUUUUAAGAGAUUCUUUGAGACCAGCCCGUGGGUCCCAGAAGGGUGAUAUUUACUCCUUUGGCAUUUUACUAUACGAAAUGAUUGGGCGUAAUGGAACCUGGGGUGAAACUACAUACACCAAUGAAGAAAUAAUUGAAUUGGUAAAACGGCCCGACUUACUGCAACAUGGAGUGUUUCGCCCAGCUCUUAGCUACCUUGAUAUACCAAACUAUAUACGGCAAUGCUUGCGACUUUGCUGGGAAGAAGAUCCUGAAGUCCGUCCCGAUAUACGACUUGUUAGAAUGCAUCUAAAAGAACUGCAAGCGGGAUUAAAACCAAACAUAUUUGAUAACAUGCUGGCAAUUAUGGAAAAAUACGCCUAUAAUCUGGAGGGUUUAGUACAAGAACGCACAAAUCAACUAUACGAAGAGAAAAAGAAAACAGACAUGCUACUCUAUCAAAUGCUACCGAAAACGGUAGCAGAGUUGUUGAAAAGUGGUGACCCAGUUAAAGCCGAGUGUUUUGACUGCGUUACUAUACUCUUUAGUGACAUUGUUGGUUUUACAGAACUUUGUACGACCAGCACACCUUUUGAAGUAGUUGAAAUGCUAAACGAUUUGUAUACAUGCUGCGAUUCUAUUAUAUCGAACUAUGAUGUUUAUAAGGUGGAAACAAUUGGAGAUGCUUAUAUGGUAGUAUCCGGACUACCCUUGAAAAAUGGCAACCGACAUGUGGGGGAAAUAGCCUCUCUCGCUCUACACUUAAUAGAAACAGUAGGGAAUCUCAAAAUACGUCACAAGCCGACGGAAAUGAUGCAACUGCGGAUUGGGCUCCACUCUGGACCUUGUGCAGCUGGCGUAGUUGGUCAAAAAAUGCCUCGUUAUUGCCUAUUUGGGGACACUGUUAAUACAGCUUCCCGAAUGGAGAGUACUGGGGAGGCAAUGAAAAUCCACAUUUCAGAGCUGACUUAUCAGCUGCUGCAAAAUAUCGGAGGCUAUAUAUGUGUUGAACGAGGACUAACUAGUAUUAAGGGCAAAGGUGACUUGCGGACUUAUUGGUUGACCAAGCGACUUAAAACCGAAAUACGAUCACUGACGAUUAAAGAUUGGACACCCGAUUUAAUCAGCACUGUUGAUUCUAUCAAUACCUGCUGUCCACCGAUACAUCGUAGCGAAGAUACAUCCCUACUGCAUCCGAAAAGCCUGCGUUCAGGCUCUUGUAAUUGCGCCACUAAAUCUUUAUACAUCCGUCGAUCUGAUGAUAAUGUUACAACCACACAGGACACAUCCAUUAUGCAGAAAAUCAGCGAGCCAGGGCAGAUCAAUUGCAAUCAGUUAUGCGUGUGCCGGCUAAAAAGCAGUCAGGUAUUCAAUAAUCGAAGCCCUCGCUCUGCACCGAGCAUUACUUUUAGACUUUAGAUUUAAACAUCCCACAAAAAUUAGAAAUGGAAUCUGUCCGACCGUAUAAUACGAUACGUAGAUCUAGAAAACUUUAAUAGUACCAAUAGCAAAUAGCCAAAAAAAAAUAGCUAAGAAGUUUUUUCCAUCUUGCAAAGUAAAAGGUACAAGAAUUUAUUUUCAUCUAAAAAAAAAACAAAAGAGAUAUUGAAUAAAUGUUAAUGUUUGCAUAAACUAGAUGGAAAGUUAUUUAAGAACCCCAUUUAUGUAGGAAACACGUAAUCUGUUCUUGGAUAAAUAAAACUAAAUGUUCAAUGUAAAGUGAAUUUCCAAUUAAAAACUUUACAUAUCUAUGGUAACAUCGAAAGCACUUUUUUCUCUAUUCUGAAA